AUGGCUCCUUCUAGGGCAUCAACGUUUUGGGGUGUCUCUUCAUCCGUCGCAUUCAUAUUGAUUCUUGCAGCAGCAUCAUCUACUGCCGUUUCGGCUUUGCUACAUCCUCAAAAAUCGUCGUCAUCAUCAUCGUCAGCCUCCACAACAAAUGAAGGCGGAUCAAAAAAAGGGGACGGCGCCACGUGCAAAGAAGAAUCAUUUCCAAACAUGAUGAAACAACACUUUGCAUCCAUUGGGUCCACGCAAGACGAAGCCCGCCGGAUAGUGACCGACACUUUGAUGGACGACCAAACCACCACCAACAUGGUCUGCGUCACAGCCACGGAACAAACCAAUGGCCGAGGGACUUCCGGGCGAGCUUGGAUGGGCGCACGGGGGAAUACGUUUGUGACCAUUGCCAUUCCACAACAACGCUGGAUGGACCACAAACAUCUUCCAUUGACCUUGUUGCCCCUCACUGUUGGAAUCCUUGUCGCCGAGCGGGUUCAGGCGCUGAUGGAUGCAUGCUUAUUGGAGCGGUCCAAUAAUAAUCAACCAAUGUCAUCAUCAUCAUUGUCGUCGUCUCGUCCCAAAGUGACACUCAAGUGGCCCAAUGACGUCCUGGUCAAUGAAGACAAGAUUGCUGGAAUUCUCAUCGAAUCGACCACAACCGGUUGGUUCUUGAUUGGUAUUGGGGUCAAUUUAGGAUAUGCUCCUCCAGUACCGACAGAUGGACCCAACCAUGGCCGUACUUCGACCAGUCUUUCGAAUCAUUGCACACCUCCUAGUACUCAGGAAACGACGACCUGGGAAGACAUGGCCCACCAAGUCGGGGUGGAUUUGGCGAAAAACCUGAAUGCCUUUUUGGACAAUCCACCAAUGCUUUCAAAUGCCAUUGUGAACGAAUGGAAGCAAUGGGCCGAUUUCAACAUGGAAUUGGUCAUGAGGGACACUCCGAAACGCGAACGAGUCAAGCUGGUGGAUAUGCUUCCAGACGGGCGAAUUCAAGUUGUGGGGCUGGACGAUGGCACUUCGCGAGUGCUAGUAGCAGAUUAUUUUAUAUAG